AUGGAUAAUAAUAACGAUAAAGAAUAUAAAGUAGUCCUAAAAUGGAAUAAACUAGAAUUAAUAUUUAAUCUUCAAUCAACUCAAACAUCAAGUGAAUUAAAAAGUUUAAUUUAUGAACAAACACAUAUUUUACCUGAUCAACAAAAAUUAAUGGGAUUAAAAUUAAAAACACCAGGUACUCUAACAAAUACAACAACAGUGGAUGAAUUAAAUCUUUCAACAAAAAUUAUGUUAAUGGGUACACCAGAAGAAUCUAUAAUUGAAUUAAAUUCAUGA